CAGGCGGCCGAUGAGGUCGGUCGGUCGGCACUUCGCCCGUUGCGUCACCGCCAUCGCUGUUUAAUGAUCGGAAGUGUGUGUGUGUGUGUGCGUGUAUGUGUGUGUGUCUAUGUAUGUGUGUGUGUGUGUGAGAGACAGCGGGCGCGUGUGCGCGCGUGUACGUUUGACGAGUCGAAUAGGCCGAAUUUAAACGAAUGAACUAAAAUCGCAGAAAAGUCUUUAAAGUUCUCUUGCUUCGCGCGUCUGUCUCGGAGAGGACAGCCCGCCCGCCCGCCCGCCGCGGAAGCCAUCGCCCGCCGCCGACGCACUUUCGGUUAUAUUUACCGACCACGCUUUAUUGUUUUUUGUGACAAGUGUGUGUCAAAGUAUAUUUUUUUUUGCGAUUUCUUAUUAUUGAAUUUUCUAUAGUCUACCAGGGGUAGUCCUGCCUACCUCCCCCCCCCGUGAACAUUUCGCUUAAUGAUUAUGGAGAGAAAGAGGAUAGACUGUCCUGCUCUGCCGACAGGCUGGAAAAAGGAAGAAGUGAUCCGGAAGUCGGGUCUCAGCGCUGGAAAAAGCGAUGUGUACUAUUACAGUCCAUCAGGAAAGAAGUUCCGCAGUAAGCCACAGUUGUCACGUUACCUUGGCAACACUGUGGAUCUGGGAAGUUUUGACUUCCGCACGGGAAAAAUUAUGCCGGGAAAAUUACAGAAAAACAAACAAAGACUCCGACAAGAUCAUCUCAGCCUUGCGAAGGGAUGUAAACCCGAUCUGAACACAGCGUUGCCCAUCAGACAAACAGCAUCCAUCUUCAAACAGCCUGUCACAAAGGUGGUCCAUCACCCUAGCAACAAAGUCAAGACUGACCUGCAGAGGGCGACAGAGCAACCCAGACAGUUGUUUUGGGAAAGGAGGUUAAAAGGUCUUCGCACUUCAGACGUAACAGAGGAGGUUCUCAGGUCUAUGGAGCUCCCUAAAGGACUGCAAACCGUAGGGCCAGACGCCAGUGAUGACACGCUCCUAUUGGCCAUUGCCAGCGCUUUGCAUAUGAGCUCUGCACCAGUCACGGGCCAGACGUCACAGGCAGCCGAGAAAAACCCCGCAGUCUGGAUCAACGCCGCCCAGCCUCUGUGCAAGGCAUUCACUAUCACUGACCAACAUAUACGUGAGCAGGAGGUGAAAGUGUACCAGGCAAGGAAGAGUCUGGAGGAGGCGCUGGCCGCUGAUGGCUUGGCGCGAGCCAGAGAGAGCAGCAGAGACUUCCUGGAGGGCAGGACUGGGUAGAACUGAGAGCACUGCACCACUCACUCAGCCAGUCCCUGGCUGGUCAUGUCAAACCGUAACAGCCCAACAAAAAUCACCACCACCACAACCAACAUCCCCACCAGUAUCACCAGUCCAUUCACCAAGAAAAAGACUUGCUCCAGCCUCUGUCAGCACCGUGUCGUGAUGGGUCACUAAUAACGGGAGUGAUCUGAUUGGAGGAAUUCCACAAACUCACCAGUCGGAUCCAUUCAUCCAUCCAUUAUCCAAGCCGCUUAUCCCAAUUGGGGUCGCGAUAUGCUGGAGCCUAUCCCAGCAGUCAUUGGGCUCACUGAAAACCAAUCAAAUUUUAUUUUUCAAAUUUCUGAUAGAAUUUUAUUUUCUAGUCUCUAUAGUUCUGCUGGGGGACUUCAACGCUCACUUGGGCAACGAUGGAGAAACCUGGAGGGGCGUGAUUGGGAGUAACAGCCUUCCCGAUCUGAACCCGAGCGGUGCCUUGUUAUUGGACUUCUGUGCGAGUCAUGGAUUGGCAAUAACAAACACCAUGUUCGAACAUAAGGUAGUUCAUAAGUGUACUUGUUACCAGAACACCUUAGGCCGAAAAUCGAUGAUAGACUUUGUGGUUGUAUCAUCAGAUCUGCGGCCGUAUGUUAUGGACACUCGGGUGAAGAGAAGAGCAGAGCUGUCAGCUGAUCACCACCUGGUGGUGAGUUGGAUCAGAAGGGAGGCUGCUGGACAGACCUGGCAAACCCAAACGUGUAGUGAGGGUGAACUGGGAACGUCUGGCGGAGGCCCCUGUCCGUGAGGUCUUCAACUCUCACCUCCGGAAGAAGUUCUCGUGUAUCCCGAGGGAGGCUGGGGACAUGGAGUCUGAGUGGGCCAUGUUCAAAGCCUCUAUUGUAGAUGCGGCAGGCAGGAGUUGUAGUCAUAAGGUCAUUGGUGACUGUCGAGGCAGCAACCUAAGAAACCGAUGGUGGACACCAGCGGUGAGGGAAGCUGUCAGGCUGAAGACGGAGGCCUUUCGGACUUGGUUGGCCCAGGGGUCUCCUGAAGCAGCAGACAGAUACCAGAAGGCCAGAAGGGCUGCCACUUCAGCGGUCGCGGAAGCAAAAACUUGGGUGUGGGAGGAGUUCGGCGAGGCUAUGGAGGAGGACUUUUGGUUGGCCUCAAGGAAGUUCUGGCAAACCAUCCGGUGACUCAGGGAGGGGAAGCAGGGCUUGACUCAGGCUGUGUUCAGCCGGGGAGCGGAACUGUUGACCCGGACUGGGGAUGUUGUCGAGCGGUGGAAAGAACACUUUGAGGAGCUCCUGAACCCGACUAACAUGUCCUCAGUGGAGGAGAUAGAGUCCGAAGACUCAGGGGAAGUCCCACCCAUAUCCCUGGCAGAGGUCUCUGAGGUAGUUAAAAAGCUCCUUGGUGGCAAGGCGCUGGGUGUGGAUGAGAUUCACCCUCAGAUGCUGAAGGCUCUGGACAUUGUUGGGCUGUCUUGGUUUACACGCCUCUUCAGUGUCACGUGGAGGUCGGGGACGGUACCUGUGGAGUGGCAGACUGGGGUGGCGGUUCUCACAUUCAAAAAGGGGGACUGGAUGGUGUGCUGCAAUUAUAAGGGCAUCACAUUGCUCAGCCUCCCUGGGAAAGUCUACUCUAGGGUGCUCGAAAGGAAGCUUCAACCGAUUGUUGAACCUCGGAUCCAGGAGGAACAAUGCUGAUUCCACCCUGGCCGUGGAACAACGGACCAACUCUUUACCCCUGCAGAAGUGCUGAGGGGGGCAUGGACAUUUGACCAGCCAGUCUACAUGUGUUUUGUGGACUUGGAGAAGGCUUAUGACCAUGUACCCCGGGGCACUCUGUGGGGGGUACUGCGGGAGUAUGGGGUACCGGGGCAGUUGCUACAAGCCAUCCGGUCCUUGUACAACCAAAGUGAGAACUGUGUCCGCAUUCUUGGCACAAAGUCAGACAUGUUUUCGAUGGGUGUCGGACUCCACCAAGGUUGUCCAUUGUCUCCGAUUCUGUUUGUGAUAUUCAUGGACAGGAUCUCAAGGUGCAGCCAAGGUGAGGAGUGUGUCCGUUUUGGGAACCUCAGAACUGCAUCUCUGCUCUUCGCAGAUGAUGUGGUUUUGUUGGCUUCAUCAGAAUGCGACCUCUGGCACGCACUGGGGCGGUUUGCAGCUGAGUGUGAAAUGGCCGGGAUGAGAGUUAGCACCUCCAAGUCUGAGGCCAUGGUUCUCUACCGGAAAAUGGUGGAUUGCUCCCUCUGGUUUGGGGAUGAGUUGUUGCCUCAAGUGAAGGAGUUCAAGUAUCUCGGGGUCUUGUUCACAAAUGACGGUAGGAUGGAACGGGAGAUUGACAGGCGGAUUCGUGCAGCAUCAGCAGUAUAAUGCGGACGUUGUAACGGACCGUUGUGGUGAAGAAGGAGCUGAGCCGAAAGACAAAGCUCUCAAUUUACCAGUCAGUCUUCGUUCCAACCCUCACCUAUGGUCAUGAGCUUUGGGUAGUGACUGAAAGGUUGAGAUUGUGGAUACAAGCGGCUGAAAUUAGUUUCCUCCGUAGGGUGUCUGAGCUCAGCCUUAGAGAUAGGGUGAGGAGCUCGGGCAUCUAGAGGGAGCUUGGAGUAGAGCUGCUGCUCCGCGUCGAAAGGAGCCAGUUGAGGUGGUUCGGGUAUCUGAUUAGGAUAUCUCCUGGGCCACCUACUUCGAAUGUUAUCAGUCAAUUAAAUGACUGUUAUCAGUUGUCAUCAGACCAUAGAUGUGAGAUAGUAUGGGCCUACUCUACCUCCUCAUUGGCUCAGUAGGCCGUUAUCAUCAAUUCGUUCGUUUGAUCAUGGCAUGUGAUUGUGACAUGCUGUUAGUUUGUUUUCGCUGCAAAGAAAGAGUCACGUGACGUGUACACAGAAAUGGCUCGUUAGGGUUAGUUGUUAAUUAUCAUAAUAAUUAACAAACUAAACAUCAUAUACAUUCAGUCAGUGAAGAUUAUGAAAAUAAAAUGCAAUAUUCUCGAACGCAUUUUAAUGCAGACACCAUCUUAAAAUAUUGCAUUUUCAACUGAGAAUAAAACAUAUGUCAGCCAUUUAACAUUGGUUUGUUUUCGCUGCAAAGAAACAGUGACGUGGACGCACGUGCCAUGAUCAGAGCCUCGGCCGUGAUCAAACGAACGAAUCGAUGAUGGCCUCCUGAGCCAAUGAGGAGGUAGAGUAGGCCCAUACUAUUGCAUACCUAUGGUCUGAUGACAACUGAUAACGGCCAUUUAAUCGACUGAUAGCAUUCAAAGCGGGUGCCUUCCUUUGGAGGUUUACCGGGCACGGCCAGCAGGGAGGAGACCCCGGAGUAGACCCAGAACCCGCUUGAGGGACUACAUGUCCAAUCUGGCCUGGGAACGCCUUGGGAUCCCCCAGGAGGAGCUGGAGGGUGUUGCUGGGGAGAGAGACGUCUGGAGUGCCCUACUUAGCUUGCUGCCACUGCGACCCGACCCUGGAGAAGUGGCUGAUGAUGAAUGAAUGAAUGAUGAAGAAUGAAUUUUAUUUUUUUGCAAUAACAUACCUUUAUAGAGUACAGCAGCACUUCAUAGGUUACUGCAAUACCUUAAGAGUACCACAGUGCUUUAGAGUAUUACAAUACCUCCAUAAACAACAGCAGUGCUUCAUAGAGUAUUGAUAUACCUCCAUGAGUCUGCAUCUUAAAGACUAUUUUAUUACUGUUGCAAUGCCAUAAAAACAGUUACUUAAAGGCAGAACGAGUAGGAUUUGUCAGUUGCACUUUGUAAACACAACUUUCAAAGGUGGCCCCUCCCCCUCGGCUCAACGACACCAGAAGGACACGCCCCCUGACCGCAGUUUCCAGAACACAUCCUAUUGUAUUUAGAAAUCACGUCAGGACACAGCGCUGUCGCUCGACACAACCUCUCCGUGGCAUUCUUUAUUUAGACUGACACAGCAUCAAAGGCAGACCCGAUCAUAAAACCCAGAGCCCGCAGGCAUCACCAAUCGAUCCCAGCACAAUAGAACAGCACCAAAUCAAAUGCAGCACUGUCGAUGUGUGCAGACAUAACAUAUCCCAGUGUACAAGCCAACUCCGCGUCGUUCUUCAUUCCCAUCCUCUUCUUCAGUGUUCGCCAGCGGGUGAAAGCCAACCCCAGAUUCGUUUUGGAACAA